AAUAUUAAAGUUUUUACUUUUUAUAUAAAACCAUGAUUUUAUUACAAUUAUUCUUGUAAAAAAAAUUAAAUUUAAAAUUUUUAUUUAUCUUUAUAUCUAUCCGAAACAUAAUAUCACGUCGCGGUAAAAUCGCAUCUGUUGCAUGAAUAUAUGUUCGGAAAUAUACUAUACAUUCUACUCUACUAUAUGGCAAUGAGUCAAUCUAUUAUUAGAAAAAUUACACAAUUCAAGUUCACGGAUAAACCCUUUCUUAUUUAUUAAUCUGAGUAUUUUGCUUGUUACAAUGUGUUGCAAAAAAGAUAUUUUGUUUUGUAUAUUUUAAUAAGUGAGUUAUUGAUAUUACUUAUUUGUAAUAAUUGUACAUAAAGAAAUUGAGAAAUAAUGAAUAGUGACAAUAUCGAUGAAAAUAUUCUUUCAUUAUAUAAUGCUCAAAAGUGGGAAGAGAUUGUUGCUUUAUCUUCCGCAAAUGAUGAUUUUAAGUCCAGUAGAUUAUCAUGGGUGUUGCCUGAUCUGAGUGAUUUGUAUUGGAUUAACGAUAUCGUACAGAAGUAUGAUUUAUCUGGAAUUGUAAGCAUUGGUUGUGGUAGUGGAUUAUUAGAGUGGUUACUGCAAAAAUGUUCAGGAUUGGAUGUUCUAGGUAUAGAAUUGGAUAGUUCUUGGUGGAACAGCAAAUAUUCUCCACCGAAAUUAUUAAAAAAUAUUAUCUUUGUUGAAGAUGAGUCAAUAAAUUUUAAAGUGCCAAAACGAUACGCGAUGUUAUUUUGUUACUUUAACAAUUGUACAGCAUUCUGUAACUAUAUAGAAAAUUACAAGGGUAAUUUAAUUUUUGUUAUUGGACCUGCACAAGGAAUCAAUCGUACAACAGAUCCAUUGCCUUUUGAUAAAAAAUUUAAAAAAUAUAAUUGGAAAUUAGUAAAGCAAAAAAAAUGUGUAUGUUCCAAUAAUUAUAUUACUGCAUAUAGUAAUAAAUAAUAAAGAUAUAUAUUUAGAAUAAUGAAUUGAGAAUAUGUACAUGAAAUUUUAUCUUGUACAAAUGUUUUCUUUAUAUAACCUAUUUUUUGUCUUCAGUUUCUAUAUUACUCUUUCAUAUUCUUUUCCCGAGAAUUUUAAAUACACGCUCGUGCGCGAGCACACACAUACACAUUUAUUUAAUCUGAAAUAUAACACAAAAAAUUUGAAGGAGUAAGCUUAUUUAGCUCGUAAAAAAUUUUUAUGAUUAAAUUAUUUUUAAAUUUUUUAUGAAAAAAUUCACUUUAUUAUACAUAAUUAAACACAUAGUCGAUUAGUUUAUUUAAUGGAUGAUUAUGACAAGCAUGAAUUACUACAUGGUUCAUUACUACAAAUCGCCAAAAAAAAAA